GAUCGAAAGAAGGAGCAUCACGAUCGUGAGAGCAGCAUGAGUUCGGUGGAAUGGGAAGAUCCGGAGGAAAGUGAGGAGAAAAAAAUCGAGGAACUCAGAAGGCGCAGGCAACAAAUUAUUGAAAAAAUGGAGACGAAAGAUGAGCAACGGAAACGCACAGCGACCGUACAAGAGCGAGAUGAAGCUCAAGCGAGGGAUGACGUGAAACGGAUUAGAUCGAGAUUGAUGAACGUGAAAACGAAAUCCGAAAGGAGUCCGGAAAAAACGAGCGACCGGGAAACAUCGAGCAGUAGUCGAUCGAGCUCCGAAGAGUUGCUGGAGCAAGCUGAGCGGGAAUUGCAACGGAAGCACGACAGUGAUGGUCAAGAGGAAUCUGCAGUUGAUCGUGCACUUCAAAAAGCAGCAGAAGAAGAAGCCGAGGAGCAACGAAGGCAGCGUGGUGAGGAUGUAAGACAAAAAAGAGAUGAGGAUAUAAAACAAGAGGACAAAGAUGCUGAAAGCACAAAUGCUGCUGCUACAUUUGAUAUGUUUGCUACGGAUGCGGAACUCCCACCUGAGACUGUUUCUUUUGAGAAACCCAGGGUUCGUAUCGGUGAGAUGCUUGAUAAUCGUUAUCGCGUCUAUGGCUACACUGGUGCCGGGGUAUUCGGAAAUGUGGUUCGUGCAACGGAUGCAGCACGAAGCAAUUUACACGUAGCAGUGAAAAUCAUCCGGAACAACGAAGUGAUGCGAAAAACGGGUAUGAAAGAAUUGGAUAUAUUGAAAAAGCUAAAUGAAGCAGACCGCGAUGAUCGCUAUCAUUGCCUCCAGCUUUAUCGGCAUUUCUAUCAUCAUCAGCAUCUCUGUUUGGUUUUUGAAUCGCUCAGUAUGAAUCUUCGCGAGCUACUUAAAAAAUAUGGCAACAGUGUUGGCUUACACAUGAAAGCGGUGAAUGACUCGAAAAUGACGCUAAAACUUUGUGAUUUCGGUUCGGGCUGUCAUGUGGCCGAUGUUGAAACAGCACCCUAUCUGGUUUCACGAUUUUACCGAGCGCCCGAAAUAAUGCUUGGUUUGCCCUACGAUUUCGGCAUUGAUCUGUGGUCUGUUGCUGUGACACUGUAUGAGGUGUAUACGGGAAAGAUAAUGUUUGCGGGCAAAUCAAACAAUCAAAUGUUGAAAUUUAUGAUGGAUUUGAAGGGUAAAUUUCCGAACAAAAUGGUCCGAAAAGCACAAUUCAAGGAUCAGCAUUUCGAUCAAAAUUGCAAUUUCCUAUAUCACGAAAUCGACAAAGUGACACAGCGAGAUAAGAUAACCACAAUGUCGGUUGUUAAAGUUACGCGAAAUCUGGAAAAUGAGUUACUCGGUGAUCAGGAACUUGAUAAGGAAGGUUUACGGAAACUGGAGCAAUUUCGCUCAUUGCUGGACGCAAUGGUCACAUUGGAUAGCUCAAAACGUAUAACAUGUGGCGAAGCACUCAGACAUCCGUUCGUUAUUGAGAAAUGA